AUGAAGCGCUCAGAUGUUGAGGGUUCCGCCACGUCCUCCACAACUCUUUAUGACGAGAUAUUCAAUGAGUACGGAUCCGCUGCUACCUCGGGUUCCGAAUCCGGUGCCACCUCGCAUUGUUUUCGUCGACAUCGUGUCGGAACGGAUGGUAUGCUGAAGCAUUGUUCCGCUGCUUUUGGUACCAACACAGGGUCUGUAUUGGGUUACUUGUUGUCCUCUUGUGGUGUCAAUAACGCAGACCAUUUCUGA